UUUUUUUUCUUUCGUCAUAAAAACACUAUACCACAACUCUGGAACCUUUAAUCCUUGUUUUCUCAUUGCAAGCAACGUUAAGAUAACAAUGUCUCUCUGCAAAGGAAGUUUCAUUCAACCUUCUCGCGUCAUCAAUGUCAAUAUCAAUCAAUCAGCCUCUUCCUUUUCAAGAAGAACAUCAUUAACCAAGUGGAUGGCUCGGACAGCUGUUAUUUGGGCCAUUCUGUUUUUACUUUCAAGUUGUAAUACAUCUGUACAAGCCCUUCCAAUCCUAGACUCUCAUCCAUCUCACUUAAUACGCCCCUACACAACCUUGUACACCCCUGCAGAAGGCGCCUCAGUACCAGCAUCAGAGGCACUAGAAGCAUCAGCAACACCAGUAGUAGCAGCCAUAUCAUCUAGCUCCAAGCCCCUUGCAGAGAAACAACAGCACCACCAAAAUCAAAGAAGGACUCGGGGCUUUCAGAAACGAUACAGGUGCUAUUAUGGGGCAUGUCACUCUAAAGAUAGCAAGUAAACAAGUGAAG